AAAAAACAAACAGAUUAUGCCUGUGGAAUAAUAUCGCGUUUUCGUUUUAGGCCUAAUGUGUUUUAUUUUUGUUAUUGAAAUGUAAAGGAUGAAAGUAGUAAGUUCUUACAGAGGUUGAUUCUGUUCGCGAGACUUAGAUUAUGGGUAAACCAUAUUCUGUAUUUAUUCGACGACCAUUGCAAAAUUUUAAUGUUGAGAAUCGAGCAACGAAAGUUCUCUCCGAUAAAAAACUUAGAAAAGCUCCGAAACAUCCAAGUUCUGUUCCUUAUGUUAAUUCUUUAGGUUCUGAUCCCAAAGCUGAAGAGCACAGUGUGAUUCAAAAUGAUCUUGUGGAGCGUUUGAAAUCUGUAAAAGUAGUAUCUCAGGAUCCUGAAGGAAAAGUACAGGAGAAUGUUCAGGAAGUUGAAGAGAAGCGGCUUUUACCACAAGACAGAAAGCCCCAAGAUCAACCAGAAUAUGGCUUUAUGGAACCUACCCGGAUUCCCCCAGGAAAAGUAAAAAUUCGACAAGCUCUAGAAUUUAUAACAAACUACAACUCUGACCCACAGCAGUGGACAGUUGGAAUCAUUGCCAAAGAACACAACAUGAAUAAUACUGACGUGGAACAUAUUGUCAAAUAUUUUAAAACGUUUCAGUUGUAUAUUCCACAAAAAGCACUUGAAAAAGGACAAAAACAACAGAAUUUCUUAAACUUUGGCAUUAAUAGAUUAAUUCCGGGGCGUGAAACAACAACCUCAAGCAAUAAAACUGUUUCUUAAUUUAGUAAAGAAAAUAUCAGUGAGAGAAAUGAAAAUUAUAUGUGUACUAGUAGAUCUGUUUUCUUUCAAUAGUGAAAACCUUAAAAUAAUGCUAUACCAAAUGCUUUGUGUACUAGUAGCAGUAUUGUGUUGGUUGUUGAUAUUUUCAUAACACUUUUGUCAAUAUAUUAUAAGUAUUCAAAUGUUGCCUUGUCAGAGAUUAGGUUGAUAAAUUCAUUUGAGUCUUUUAACACAUACUCAGAAUUUAGUGUCAAAGGUUUACAAAUGUUAAAUAUACAUUUAGCUGUAUUGUACAUUAGUGAGACUAUAUAAGAAACAAUAAAGCAUAAAGUUGUUCCAUGA